UAUUCAACACUAACUAUGAGCCUGCGCUAGAAAACAUCACUCACUGAUAAUCGCCGUUCGAACUGUCAAUCAAAGCUGUCUGUCAGUUUAUACAACCAAUGGGAUCAACUGAGCCGGAGUGCUUAAUAUAAAURCAGAGUACUUUCGUAAACACGAACAAACUUGAAACUACGUUUGAUUGAGGACAUUCUUGAAGGGAAGUCUAUAUUCAAGCCACACAAAGAUAGGAGAGUUCCUGUCUUGUUCUUGGAGAAGUUUCAACAGUUCAAUCACCUCAAACAAUCUUCAAGCAUGAGAAUAUUGGCCUUGAUUCUUGUCUUCUUCUCAGGAUUUUUGAUCCAAGUCGAUUCUUCGGGAUCUUACCAUGACUACUGUGUAGUUGGUGCUGGUCCUGGAGGUCUUCAAAUGGGAUAUUUUCUCCAAAAAUCAGACAGAAAUUAUAUUAUAUUCGAGAGAAGUUCCGUAUCAGGUUCAUUUUUUGUAAAAUACCCAAGGCACAGAACUUUGAUAUCAAUAAACAAAAGACACACAGGAAAAUCAAAUAAAGAGUUCAAUCUUCGGCAUGACUGGAAUUCACUUCUAAGUGAUGAUGAGUCACUUCAAGUAAAACAUUACUCAAAGAAAUUUUUUCCUCAUACUGAUGAUUAUGUCAGAUACCUUAAUGACUAUGCAACUAAAUUAAAAUUAAAAAUACAGUAUAAUACUAAUAUAACACAUGUCUCAAGAGCAAAUGGCACAAGUGGGCUGUUUAUCUUGAAGGACAACAAUGGCACAAAACACCAAUGCAAAUAUCUUAUCAUGAGUACUGGAAUCUGGAUGGAGAAUUUGGAAAACCCGUUUCCUGGAAUGGAAUAUACAGAGAGCUACAGUGACAUAUCUACCAAUCCUGAUGAUUACGAAGGACAGUCAGUUUUAAUAUUAGGAAGAGGAAAUUCAGCGUUUGAAACCGCAGAUAGCAUAAUGGGAGCUACAAACCUCAUUCAUAUGGUUGCUCGUUCGCGGGUGCGAUUGGCUUGGGAAACUCAUUAUGUGGGCGAUUUACGCGCAAUCAAUGAUGGACUUUUGGACACUUACCAACUUAAAUCCUUGGACGCCCUUCUGGAGGCUCCAUUAGAAUUGCUAACAGUAUUCAAGAAAAACAACAAGCUGUACGUCGAUGCAUUUCACAGGGAGGGAAAGGAACCGAACGUCUUCUCAGAUAAAGUCGACAAACACUCUGAACGACCUGAUAACUUCGCCAUCCGAGAGCCAUAUGACCGUAUUAUUCGAUGUAUAGGAUUCAAGUUUGAUUUCUCGAUAUUCAACAACCAAACCAAACCUGGCCCCUGCACUGACAAAAAAAGCAAAAAAUAUCCACGUAUUAAACCAAACUAUGAAGCUGAAGCUGUCCCUGAUAUGUACUUCUCUGGAACAAACACUCAUUCAGUCGACUUCCGCAAGUCAGCCGGUGGUUUUAUCCACGGAUUCCGUUACACCACUCGAACCCUCCAUCACCUUCUCGAGUGGAAAAACCACGGUGUUGUCUGGCCCCACAUCGUCGUACCUUAUAUUGAUCUGAUGAACGUAAUGGUGAAAAGGAUCAAUGAAGCAUCGGGUAUUUAUCAAAUGUUUAGUGUCCUUGGUGACGUCAUUAUACUUCGUGAAGACGGGCAAGCUGCAUACUUCGAGGAAUUUCCGAUCAAACUGGUCAACGAAUUUGAAAAGCACACAGGGUAUCCAGCAGGACCAAUGAUUGUUAUCAACAUGGAGUACGGAGAAACAUUUUCGGGACCUGGCAAAGACACGUUUAGAUCUGAUAGAGCCACAGGAGAACCUUCAGAAGCCCACUUGUCAAAUUUCUUGCAUCCGGUCUUCUACUUCUACAAAACUCCCCCAAGGGAAAUGAAAAUUGAAAAUGGAGACAUCUCGAUGCCUCGUCCAGAUCGCAUGCACCACAUCGUAGAGGAUUUCAUUACGUCAUGGAUGGCUCCACAUUCUCAUCUUCUUCCAUUUCGUCGUUUCAUGGAGAAAAUUCGAGAACAGGAUCUUCGUCACUUCUUUGCUAAAUCUUGCUUUAAGAUUGCAUUGACGUAUAACUCACUUCCUGAAUCUUGCCGACAGCAUUACUUGCAAGGUCGAGGUCUUCUUGGAACAGCAGCUUUAUUCGGAACUGCGAAGUCAUUAAACCUACUUUCAUAACUUGAAAAAAAUAAAUUAAUAUAAUGACAAUAAUUAACGAUUAUUCGCCGAAGGCGAAGUGAAUAUCGUUGAAUAUUUACCGAGACGCCAGUCUUCGAGCGGCGAGGUAAAUAUUCCCCGAUAUUCACUGAGCCUGAGGAUAAUAACCGUUUCAGUAUUUUUAACACAAGUGAAUUUAAUAAAUACGGAGAGAGAGUUUUUUUUUCUUCAAAUUUUAUUAAUCUCUGCAAGCGGCACCAAUCGACAAACGAGCGUGCGCGUGGACUAAGAUAAGACGUAAAUUGUGAGCAAUGAUAUAUGUUAUAUUCACUUGUGUAAAAAUACUAAUAAUAUUUUGUUCCAUUUUAAUUUCAAUGAAUUUUAAUUCAGUAGUGUUAUUUAAAAGACGCAAUCUUCAGUAUAUUCUUAUUCAGAAUUUUUGGCGCGAAAAAUGUAACGCGAGUGCCCAAGAACCACAGGGUACCCAAUCGGAGUAAUAUUUCUACAUAACUUUUUUAAAACAUUUAUGUAAUUUAUAUACUGAGACAAUUCCACAUUGUAUUCUAGAUAAUGACAAACUAAACUAACGAAAAGUAAUAACUUAACAGUACAGAACCUGCGUUUUAUUUAAAUUUUUAAGUUAAGCAUGAAACAUGAAAAAUACUCCAAUAAAGAUUGCAAUGAGUCAGUCAGUGAACAUGAAUA